CGUACACGUCAGACAGUUCAAAGAGAGAUAGACCGGUCGAAGUUAAUCAUUCCGCAAAAUAUUUGUUACAUUCCAAAAAUGAAAAUAAUCUUUGUCCAAUUUUUAAUAAUUUUAUCUUUGAAAGACGUAGUUGCGCAGAGUCUUCUCAAUUUAAUGGAAGAAAGUAACUGUGAUAUUGAGCGUGAAAGAACGUUUAUUAUGAUUAAGCCGGAUGGGGUUCAACGAGGACUUAUUGGUGAAAUUAUUCAACGGUUCGAAAGGAAAGGCUUCAAGCUGGUUGCUAUGAAAUUGUUACAGGCAGAUGAAAAUCUUCUAUUGGAUCACUACAAAGAACUGUCGGAUAAACCAUUCUUCAAAGACUUGGUCAAAUACGUCAGUUCAGGCCCUGUUUGUCCUAUGGUUUGGGAAGGUUUGAAUGUUGUGAAAACUGGCCGUAGUAUGUUAGGCGAAACGGAUCCAUCGAAGGCACUACCAGGUACGAUACGAGGCGACUACAGCAUUGCGAUUGGGAGAAAUGUAAUCCAUGGUUCUGAUUCCGUUGAAUCGGCAGAAAGAGAAAUCAAUCUUUGGUUCCAAGCGGAAGAGCUAGUUAAGUGGCAAUCGAGCAAUGAUAAAUGGAUUCAUGAAGAAAAUUAAUUUGAAUUCCAACCAUUUUGUCAAUUCGAGUGAGUGGUGUGUCUGAAGCGGAAAUAAAAAUUGUGAUACCACAAGAAAAUCGUUGUUGCUCCGCUGU